AACAUACAUCUGUUCCAGGAGAUUUCCAAUUAAAGACUAAAGACUGCUCCAACUGCUGCCUGCACGUCCCUAGCCACAGAUGGUCUUACAGAACCUGGAGAGCAAAUGAAGCAACUUGCACUUCCCAGGCUUAGUCAACAUUCCAGGUUUUGGGGUUCCCAGUGAUGCCCCAGUGUCAACAGGAAGUAGUCAUGGACGAUUACAUCACCCCUUGUCACUCAUUCAACAAAAUGGCUGAGAUGUUAAGUUCCAAACCCGGGACAUAUGACUGAGGAUCUCUCAGUGAAGUCACUCUCUGGUUUUGGCUGUGAUUGCUCUGCUCUCUGUGCAGGACUGAAUCUCUGCUUUUCCAGAGGCACACACAGUUGAGAUCAUGGCAUUUGACGGCAGUUGGAAAGUAGAACGGAAUGAGAACUAUGAUAAGUUCAUGGAGAAAAUGGGCAUUAACUUGGUGAAAAGGAAGCUUGCAGCUCAUGACAAUUUGAAAUUGACCAUUAGGCAAGAAGGGAAUAAAUUCACUAUUAAAGAAUCUUGCAGGUUUCGAACCAUUGACGUUGUGUUUGAACUCGGUGUCAACUUUGACUAUAGUCUAGCAGAUGGAACGGAACUCAAAGGUUCCAUGACCCUUGAAGGAAAUAAACUUAUUGGAAAAUUCAAACGUGUUGAUAAUGGAAAGGAGCUAAUUGAUAUCUGUGAAAUUUCUGGUGAUGAACUAAUUCAGACCUACAUAUAUGAAGGAGUCGAAGCCAAGCGGAUCUUUAAGAAGGAAUAGGCAAGCUUCUUGGAGUUGGAGCAACACUGAAGAGCUACACUCUUGUUAGACUUCCCUCUCCAUCCUGUUAAUGCUAGGAAGAUUCAUCCUUUCAUGAGCAUUGCUAGAUUUCCAGUCUUCUCAUAGUCUAACAUGGAAAAGCUAAUUAGGACUUCUUCUGUUUUAUGUUUCUUAAGAUAUACGUGAACUGUUAUUUUAAAAGAAAAUAAACAUUGUUCUCACA